AUGGCAGCGGAGCAGUUCCUGGCGACCAAGUGGAGCGACGUCGGAGGCGGAGCGGCGGAGCCCGGAAGUGGAAGAGGCCUAGAGAGCACGGUGACGUGUGGCGCAAGACGGCGGAGCCACCAGUGGACAGUAGCUGGAACUGCAGCCUACACAGAACCGUGCACCAGUACGACAGGGAAAACUUCAUCGCCGCCACCUGCAGUCGUAGACGUGAGGCAGAUGAAGGAGAAGCUGGAGACCGUCUUGUUUCAGCUCCGCCAGGUUACCCGCGAGCGGGACGAAUUACGGAAGCGCCUUGCACUUUCCUCUCCCGGGUCAACCUUCGAUGAUUGCAGGCCAAGCCCCAAACCAAACCACGAUUAUGAAAGAUUGAAGGUACAGUGUAUGAAGGCCAUGUCGGACCUGCAGUCUCUCCAGAACCAGCACACCAAGACACUAAAAAGAUGUGAAGAGGCUGCCAAGGAGGCUGAUUUUUAUCACACCUUACACAGCCGCCUGCUAAGUGACCAGUCCCAGCUGAAGGAGGACAUGGACACCUUGAAGCGCAAGAACGGCCAGUUGGUACGAGAACACAACCACCUCCAGCAGUCGUGCGAGGAAAUGAAGAGACUGCACGACGAGGAUCAGAAAGAGAUCACCGAUCUGCGCAGUCAGCAACAGCAGGUCAUGAAGCAGAACGGGUCGGAGAUAUUUGAGACGGUGCAGCAAGAACUGAGCAAAGCCACUGCCCAGAACAAGGAGCUGCAGAGAGAGAUGGAGCGCCUGCAGUCGGAGGUGACGCGGUUUAAGACGAUGCAGCUGAAGGCGCUGAAGGACGCGGAGAAGCACAAGGAAGAGAGGGACUCCGUCUUCAGCGAGUAUCGCCUCAUCAUGAGCGAGAGGGACCAAGUCAUCAAGGAGGUGGACAAGCUGCAGACGGAGCUGGAGCUGGCGGAAUCCAAGCUGAAAGACACGUCCUCGGAGAAGAGGGUGGCCAGCGAAGAAAUGGAAGCCUUGAGACAGAUACAAGAUUCUGCCACCAUGGACAUUGAAAGAGCUAACAAAGAGAUCGACAUGCUUCGGAAGCAGUACGAGGCCAUGUCUCAGGAGCUGAAAGAGGCGGUCCAGGAAGCCGAGGUCGCCAAGUGCAGGCGGGAUUGGGCCUUCCAGGAACGUGACAAGAUCGUUGCAGAAAGAGAGAGCAUACGGACUCUGUGCGACAACUUGCGGAGGGAGAGGGACAGAGCGGUCAGCGACUUGGCAGAGGCCCUUCGCAACCUGGAUGAUAUGAGGAAGCAAAAGAAUGACGCUGUGCGUGAAUUGAAAGAACUGAAAGAGAAGAUGGAGAACCAGUUGGAAAAGGAAGCGAGAUUUCGGCAAUUGAUGGCCCACAGCUCUCACGAUUCAGCCAUUGAUACCGAUUCUCUGGAAUGGGAAACGGAAGUUGUAGAGUUUGAGAAGGACAGGGAUGAUAUGGAUUUGAAAGCGCUUGGUUUCGACGUGGCCGAAGGUGUGAAUGAGCCGUAUCUCCCCGGGGACUGUGGAAUAUUCGUUACCAAAGUGGACAAAGGAAGUAUUGCAGAUGGGCGCUUACGAGUGAACGAUUGGCUACUGAAGAUCAACGAUGUGGACCUCACCAACAAGGACAGGAAGCAAGUGAUUAAGGCCGUGCUGAAUGGCGGAGGAGUUAUCAACAUGGUGGUCCGCCGAAGGAAGUCCUUAGGAGGGAAGGUGAUAACGCCUCUGCACAUCAGUCUUUCCGGCCAUAAAGAUAGUGGGAUUAGUCUAGAAAACGGAGUGUUUGUCGCUGCAGUCGUGCCUGGUAGCCCAUCUGCCAAAGAGGGAUCCCUCUCGGUGGGAGACAGGAUAAUUGCCAUAAAUGGCAUUGCACUAGAUAAUAAAUCACUGACUGAAUGUGAAGCCUUGCUGCGGAACUGCAGGGAGUCUCUGACGCUUUCGUUGAUGAAGGUUUUCCCUCAGAGCUCAAGUUCCUCUUGGAGCGGUCAAAACAUAUUUGAGAACCUUAAAGAUUCAGAGAAGCUAUCCAACUGUCGGGUCCAUACCCCUGAGGUGCAGGCUCAGAAUAAAAGGAACCUGAAGCACAACAGCUCCACCCAGACGGACAUUUUCAGCCCGGACAUAAUGGACGUCAAGAAGGAUCAGAGUGACCCGGAAGGCGGCUUGUACUGUGACCUCAAACCCUUCGCCAGCACUGUUUUACACGCCGACUCCCACCGUCGCUCAGUCCACGGGUGCCAUAGCAACUCGGAACACAGCCUGGGCUCCUUCAAUCCAGAUGUGUACGGGGAGACAAGCUACGGGAUUGUUAGCCUGGACAGCAGACGGUUGCCAUUCGAGGCCACGGUCACGGACUGUAUGAUGGUGGAGGCCACGCUGGACAAAGAGCACGGCGGGAAGCACAGUGGCGGCACCUGGCCGAAAGUCGUGGUCAACAUGGCCACUGCAGAGACGGAAAAGUUUUCUGUGUACAAAAAGCCAAAGCAGAGGAAGUCCAUCUUUGACCCCAAUACUUUCAAAAGACCUCUGACACCUCCCAAAAUGGACUAUUUGUCUCCGAAUCAGGUGAUGGGACACUUGCCCCAGCCCUCCAAAACGGAAGCCAUCUCAACCCCUCCCACACCUCCUAAGAGAAGUGACUCUAUUAAGUUUAAACACAAACAGCAAGCGAGUUCCACCUCGGACUCUACAGUGACAACGGGCUCUCCGCCUCCCAGUCCAGCAACUGUCCAGCCCCCUAUGUCUGUCGACCUAAAACCAGACUGCGGUAUUCACAAGGGGCGAAGCAGGCCCUCCGGGCACUAUUACAGAGAAGAAGGGCUUGACUCCACCCACUUGCCGUCGAGGAAAUCCUGUGAAGAUGACAUUGGCUUUCAAAGAGUGGAAGAGCCUGAGAUCAAAAGACCUAGACCCAAGUCUGCUCCUGCCUUGAGACAUAAACUAACUCCUGUGCCCAUUCCUAAUCCAUCUCAUCAGGUACAAAAAUACACUCCAGCAAGCGAAGAGCACCUUUCCCCUGAGCUGCAGGAAUGGCCGUUGUAUUCCCCCAAACGGUCCAGUGGGCACAGUGAUGGGUUUAUGCCUCCCUCGCUCUACUCCGGAAGCCUGUCAGCAGGUGGAACAGAACGGAUAAAAAUACCUCUGACGCCAAGAUACCCGAGGUCCAUCAUCAGUUCUGACCGAGGUUCGUUGUCGCAUUCCGAAUGCAGCAGCCCCAGCCUGAUCACUCCUCCGCAGUCGCCGCUGAACUUGGAGACCUCGUCCUUCGCCAGCAGCCAGUCGCAAAAUUCUCUUUCCACGCUGCCCAGGAUCUCAGUGAGUCCAGUAUCCAUAGGACAGCGGCGGAAAGACAAGCCGUACAUGGAAGAACCACGCCACGUCAAAGUGCAGAAGGGCUCUGAGCCUCUUGGGAUCUCGAUCGUCUGUGGUGAAAACGGGGGCAUCUUUGUGUCGAAAGUAACUGGCGGGAGCAUCGCCCAUCAGGCCGGCCUCGAAUACGGAGAUCAGUUGCUGGAGUUCAACGGGAUAAAUCUGCGGAACGCCACGGAACAGCAAGCCCGGCUGAUCAUUGGACAGCAGUGCGACACCGUAAUGAUUCUGGCACAGUACAAUCCACACAUGUUCCAGCUUGGAAAUCACUCCCGUUCAAGCUCCCGCCUGGAACCUGUGAGUAGCCAUUCCACUCCGCAAGGCAGUGGAGCUGCCACUCCCGACAGCCAUUCGGUAAUCGAUACUGUGAGUGAACAGGACGAAGGGACCAUGACGCCCCCAUCCAAACAGACCACUCCCACGACCAGUCCCUGCAAUUCAAUCAGGAAUUCCAUGGACACGAGCAAGAAGACCCCAGAGCCUAGGACGGUUGUCGUCAAGAAGUCCCAAGCAGAACUUGGAAUCCAGAUCUGUGGUGGGAACCUCUAUGGAAUAUUUGUGUCUGAUGUAGAAGAAGACAGCCCGGCCAGGGGCCCUGAUGGGUUAGAGAUAGGAGAUAUGAUUCUUGAGUACGGCUCUGUCGACAUGCGGAACAAAACUGCUGAGGAAGCUUACCUUGAAAUGCUGAAGCCAGGAGAAAGCGUCAGAAUAAAAGCCCAGUACAGAAUACAAGAAUUCAACAGGAUCAAAGAGUUACCCGGAGAUGGGUUCUACGUCAG